AUGGAUGCUGAUGGUGACGGUAGCAUUUCUCGCACUGAGUUUGUCAUUGCGGCACAGGGUUCCCGACAGAUGUUGGGACUUUCUCCUGCAUUUCGGGCUGCAGACGCAGAUGGUGAUGGCUGGAUUUCACAGGAUGAGUUUUUGUUUUCAGCCCGUCAAUUCUACCCAAGGGACUGGCAAAACAGCGAGAAAUUGAUUCCCUUAUUCCACUUGUUAGAUAGCAACUCAGAUGGGCGCCUCUCACGCAUAGAGUUCCUGAAGCAGGCUGAUGGUGGCCCUGUGCUGCACGUGGAGAAGACACCUGGAAAGCCCAAGGCACAGGAACCCAAGCCAAAGAAGGUCAAAAAAGUUAUGGAAGAGACGGAUGCAGUUAAGAAGGAUGCCAAAGCUGCUAAGCAGCCCCAGGAGCAGGACCAGAAUUUAAAGGAGGCCCCGAAACAAGUGCCACAAGAAGGAAGGGAUGGGAGUCAGGGGUUCAAGCAGCUUGCCAAGAGUAUAGUGACCGAGACUGCAGCAGCUGUCCGGGAUGCCAUCCGCGAGGAGCUUGGGCGUGAAAAGAAGCCCUUAAACGAACCUGCCAAAGCAGCUUUAGAAGCCGCAAAGGCCGCAGGGCUUCCCAAGGCAGUCGCAGCAACUGCCGCAGCAGAAGUGGCAGCGGAAGCUGCGGCCGAGGAGGAGGAGAGCAGGGGUGCCCCCGCCAGUAAGGUCGGAGCUGCAGCCGCAACGGCUGCUUUUAAGGCUGCCACUGCCGCCGGGCUUACGAAGGAUGAGGCCGAGGUUCGCUCUGCCACCGUGGCCAGUGAAACGGCAGCAAAGAAGGCUUUUGUCACUUCAAAGGACAUACAGAAGACGGCAGCCUUUGCAGCAAAGGUUGCCUUUGCAGCUGCUUUGGACUCAGGCCUCAGCCCGACGCUCGCAGCCAAUGCUGCUGCUGAGGCGGCCGGACGAGUAAUAGCGAAGCAUGCCAAGGACUCGAAGGAUUCCGGGGGUGCCAAGCAAGACAGCACGGAAGACAAGGAGGCUGCUGCAAAAGCCGCACAGCAGGCGCUUCAGGAAGUGAAGGUCGAUCCCAAGUUCGUCGUGGACACCGCGACCACUGCAGUGGGCACCGCGGCUGCCGAGGAAGUCCGGGAGGCAGGGGGUGAGCCGCCAGAGGUGGCUGCAGCGGCAGCCAAGGCGGUGUUCCAGUUUGCCAAGGAGACUGGUGAGGACCCAAAGGAGGCUGUGAAGAAGAGUGCCAUCGCAGCAGGAGAAGCAGCAGUCAAGAUUGCUGUUGCAGAAGGCAAGACGACCAAGGAGGUCAUCAAAACAGCUGUUGGCGCAGCAACUGAGGCCAUGGAGAAGCUUGGCAACAACAGCCCCAGUGAGCAAGUCGACACUUCAAUGGAGGCUGCCAAGAAAGCUGUUGGCGCAAAGCUCACACCAAAGCAAACCCUAUCUGUUGCCGCAGCUGAGGCAGCUACAGCUGCUGUAGAAGCAGGCUCCAAAAAAACGGUCGUAGAAAUCGCCUACCUGGCAGCAAAAUCAACGCUGCAAGCGGCGAGCAAGUUGGGUUUGAAAGCAGCGGACGCAUCCCUACCCAUCGCUAAGGCGGCAGGGGAGGCAGCAGUGCGCUCGGGGGAUCUGCGCUUCAUGAGUACUGAGGAAAUAGUUUCGGCAGCGGAUGCUGCUGUGCAGCAGCUUUUCAAAGAUGAAGCCACGCCGGAGAUGCUGUCAAUUGCAGCACUAGCUGCCGGUAUGGCAGCAGCCAACAGCGCAAGAGACAGCGCAAAGAGUGAGGAGCUGUCUGCCCAGGCGGCCACCCACGCGCAGAAGGCCGCUUUGAAGGCCAAAAUGGGCAGUGUCCGUGCAGCUGCAGCUGCAGCCACCGUAGCAGCUGCCGCCUAUGUGGACUCUGCAUCACAGGCUGACAAUCAGCGUGAGCAAGUGAUGCAGGUAGCCUUGACUGCAGCGAAGGCAGCUGGCAUGACCUUACUAGAAGCAGUUGAGGCCUCGAAGGCCGCUGCAAGUUCAGCGAUCAGCUUUGCAAUUCCUAAAGCUAUCCUGGCCAAAGCGGGCAAGGCAGCAAAAAAGGCGGCAGAUCAGAAGCAUUCGCAGAAGGAUGCCUUGGAAGAGGCAAUGACACUUGCGAAGCUCGCUGGCAAGGCGGCAAAGCUGGCAGGAAUGAGCUCGCAGCAGGUGGCAGUGGUGGUUGGCUCAAAGUCCGCGACUGCGAUCUUCGAUUUUGCCAAGCACGAUGCGCCGGCAGAUCUGACGCGGAAGGCUGUGAAGGCUGCGCUGGAAGCAUCCGUUGCAUUGUCUCUUACAGCCGAACAGGUUGGGGCGGCUGCAGUCUACGCUGCUGCGGGCGCUGCGGCCAAAUCUCAGAAAGUGUUUUUUCUGAACACGGAGGAGGCAGCAGAGCUGGCUGCAAAAGCCUUGAGGGAAGUCAUGGAAGCUGCGGAGAAAACGAAUUCCAAGGCCAAGUUGCUGCUCCUGGACACAACUCCCAGUACCAUGCCGAGCCUGGCAGAGUUGGUACAAGGCCUCUCCAGCGAAGUAAAGAAGGUCCUUUCUGCUACGGCAGCAGGCUGCACUGCAGAGCAAAUUGCCCAGGGCGCCGGUCUGGAGCAAGUGCAGGUGGAGCGGGCAGCUGCAACAGCCACUCAGAAAGUGGCAUUGGAAUUAGAUUUGCCACCUCCAAAGGCAGCCAACCUUGCCGCCGUCGCUGCAGGAUCAGCUGCUGGAAGGGCAGCCGCCGUGCGAGGCCUGGAGGAGAAGAAGAUUGCCAUUGUAGCCGCUGAAGCCACUGUACAGGCCGCAACCGAAGCUGGACUUCCAGAUGAGCAGGCCAAGGAGAUAGCCGCUGCGACGGCUGCUGUGGUCGUGGCUGAGAGCGCCGCUCACGCCAGUGUAAUCGAAACAAGUGAGGAAGGCUCUCUCGACAUGAGGACACCAACAUCUCCCCUGAGUCAGGAUGACUUCAGCCGACUGGACGUGAAUGGUGAUGGGCGAAUCAGCGCUGAUGAGCUGAAGCGCUGGAAGCCCGUAGAUGAGUUCGCUACGUUGGAGCGGAACGGUGACGGCAAGAUUUCCCUGAAAGAGUUUCAGAAAUGGAAUCCGCAGUUCGCGGAGGUGGUGACACCGAAGAAAGUAUCUGCUUUGAGUUUGUCUGGUGCUACAGAUGCAGCGCUUGACGAGUUUGAUGCGCCCGAUGCCUACGCAGCAUUGCCAGCGGCCAAUUCGUUCAAGCUGUUGAUGCUGGGACUUGGAUCUUGA